UAGUCAAAAUUUCAUUCAGAUAACCUUAAAUAGAGAUAAGUUCCCGGCGCUGGAAAUUAAACCCAAUCUACUGUAAUCUACACCUAAAGUGUAAACGUAACGUGAAAGUGCAUUUUUUAUUUGAAAACACAUUCUCUCGUGUUACCGAUUUUUCUGCGUGAAUUUUCCGACAAAGUUCAUCAAACCAAACCGAAAAUUCUCUCCUUUGAAAAUUUUCGAAAUUAAGCAACUAAAAGAGGCAUCAAAGUUGGCGCUUUGACACUUUGGCCAGUCCGAAUUUUGACACAAAUCAAAUUUUGCCCUAAGACUAAACAACCAAAAUAUAACUAGCAAAAUUAGUAAACCAAGCGUAGGAACAGUAUGAACAAAGUAGUCAAAGAUAACGAGAAUAAUAAAUGGUCUGGGUAUGGACUCCGUAUUUUUCUAAACACCUUAUCACAUCCGUUUGAAUAUGCCAAAGUUCUCAUACAGAUUGGAUAUGAACCCAUACCGCCUCGACCAGCGAAAACUCUCCUCGGUAAACCAGCCCUCAAACUGCCCAACAUUUUUCAAUACGUUAAGCACAUUAAGACCGUGGAUGGACUAUCCGGCUGCUACAGGGGUCUAGGCCCCAAAGUCUGCGGAAACCUCAUAAGUGUGGUUGCUACCCAGAAAAUGAUCGAUUAUCUUGACUUGAAUCGAGCUGAUGAAGAAGAAGACACAGACGUCGAAGAAAAUAGAAAGCGGAAGUUUCUCAAGUGUCUGAAAGGAGACAUCAUAACGCACACAACGGCAAUCGUGAUCAGUCAACCCUUCCACGUGAUUACAAUCCGCAUCAUGAGUCAGUUCGUAGGAAAAGAAACUAAAUAUGUAGGCGUGUUUGGCUCGAUUGCGGAAAUUUACAAACAAAACGGUAUUUUGGGAUUCUUCAGUGGACUAAUUCCAAUGUUAAUAGGAGAUAUUUUGUCUGUGUUGUUGGCAAGCUGUUUGACUUAUGGCAUCAAUAAGUACCUAAUUGAGGAAAAGGAGUUGCAGAAUUAUACUUCUGCAGCAAUUUGUAUGCUGUCGUCGUCAAUAAUGUACCCCUUCCAAGUCGUCUCUAACUGCAUGGCCGUGACAAAUUCGGGCCUGAUGGCAGGGUCGCCCCCGUACAUGGCUCACUACAAUAACUGGUUGGACUGUUGGUAUGACCUUUCGAGUCGAAACCAGCUGAAGAGAGGCUCCAGUCUUCUAGUCCGUUACUACAAAGGACCCGUGUUUACUCUCCCGCCAGGCAAUCAAGGAAACGUGCUGAUAGGCAAGGAGUAAUCUUUCAAAAUUUCACGUUACAUUUUAGUAGUUUGCAUUUUUCAUUUACAAAAAUCACGAAAUGUAUGUAAAUAUUUUAGACUAUUGUGUUACUUUCCAAUAAAAUUCUUGUUCUGAUUUGAA